GCCCUCGCUUCCCUGCGGCUCCGGCUGAGGGCGGAUCUGGUUCGGGUGCACGCUUUCCACUGACCUUCCCACCGCUCUGCGGCUCAGGGCAGCCAGCUUUUCAUUUUCCACCCUCUCUUCCUGCAGCUGUCCAGCACAUCACCCUCUGGUGGACAGAAGUCUGCCCACCUCGGGUCUUACCGGCUCGGACUGCUGGAAACACCAACAAGUGGUGUUUUUUUGUUUUGUUUUGUUUUGAAAUCCCUGCUUGGGGAGGGCGUAGCGGGGAAGGAUGAGAAACUCGGUCCCUCUGCUCUGUUGCUGGAGCGUCUAUUGUUGCUUGGCCGCGGGAAGCCCCGCACCCCUCAGUCCAAAGGGACGGCUGGAAGAUAAAUUCCACAAAUCCAGGGAUCUCCAGGCUGUGGCCAAACCCUCUGUGAACUUUAAUCUCCGCACAUCUAAGGACCAGGAGCAUGAAGGAUGCUACCUCUCCCUUGACCAUAGCCAGUCCUUAGAAGACUGUGGCUUCAACUUGACAGCCAAAACCUUUUUCAUCAUCCAUGGAUGGACGAUGAGUGGCAUGUUUGAAAAUUGGCUGUACAAACUCGUGUCAGCCUUGCAGGAAAGGGAGAAAGACGCCAACGUGGUGGUGGUCGACUGGCUCCCCCUGGCUCACCUGCUUUACACAGACGCCGUCAAUAACUCAAAGAUGGUGGGACACAGUCUUGCAAGGAUGCUGGACUGGCUACAGGAGAAGGAGGAUUUUUCUCUUCAGAACGUUCACUUGAUCGGCUACAGCCUUGGAGCACACGUGGCUGGGUACGCUGGCAACUUUGUGAAAGGAACCGUGGGCCGAAUCACAGGUUUGGAUCCUGCUGGGCCUAUGUUUGAAGGGGCGGACAUCCACGGGAGGCUAUCCCCUGACGAUGCAGACUUUGUGGAUGUCCUCCACACCUACACGCGCUCCUUUGGCUUGAGCAUUGGAAUUCAGAUGCCUGUGGGUCACAUUGACAUCUACCCCAAUGGGGGUGACUUCCAGCCGGGCUGUGGAUUCAAUGAUGUCUUGGGAUCAAUUGCAUAUGGAACAAUCACAGAGGUAAUGAGGUGUGAACAUGAGCGAGCUGUGCACCUCUUUGUCGACUCCCUGGUGAAUCAGGACAAGCCAAGCUUUGCCUUCCAGUGCACCGACUCCAACCGCUUCAAAAAGGGGAUCUGUCUUAGCUGCCGGAAGAACCGUUGUAAUAGCAUUGGUUAUAAUGCCAAGAAAAUGAGGAACAAGAGGAACAGCAAAAUGUACCUAAAAACCAGGGCAGGCAUGCCUUUCAAAGUUUACCAUUAUCAAAUGAAAAUUCACAUCUUCAGUUAUAAGAAUACAGGAGAAAUAGAGCCCACCUUUUAUGUCACCCUUUAUGGCACUAAUGCAGAUUCCCAGAUCCUGCCUUUGGAAAUAGUGGAACGGAUUGGGCUGAACACCACCAACACCUUCCUGGUCUACACUGAGGAAGACUUGGGAGACCUCUUGAAGAUCAAACUCACCUGGGAGGGGAUAUCUCAGUCUUGGUACAACCUGUGGAAGGAGUUUCGCAGCUACUUGUCUCAACCUCACAGCCCCAAGCGGGAACUGAAUAUCAGGCGCAUCCGGGUCAAGUCUGGGGAAACCCAGAGGAAAUUGACAUUUUGUGCAGAAGACCCUGAGAACACCAGCAUAUCCCCUGGCCAAGAGCUCUGGUUUUAUAAGUGCCAAGAUGGCUGGAGAAUGAAAAAUGAAACCAGCCCUGCUGCAGAGCUCCCCUGAAGGUGUCCUUGUCCGCCAGGACCCUCUCCUGCCAUCCAGGCACAUGGAGGAAAGUUACUGCUGAGGACUCACCAAUGGCCUCUCUUGACCUUAGCCCAUGAGCACCGGGAAGAAUUUGCUUGCUGGGCCCAGACCUUGUCUCCUGUGAUACUGGGACUUCUCCCCAAGAGGAUCAUGCACUGCCAUAGCUCCUUCUUGCUGCUCUAGAAUAACUCACUCCACACCUCUGUUGAUGCGUCUGAGACCACCAACUCUGUGUUCGUGCUGAUGCCUAGGCCUCUCAUGCACCAGGUUGGUUUGUUGGUUGCUGAGUGAGCUAGCACUUUGCUUGACAAGGAAAGCUGGCUCUGAGGUGGCUCUGUGCAGGCUAUUGUUGGCUUGACCUGAGCCUAGCGAGAAUUCUUUCCACUGGAGGCUGACUCAUGUCAGGUUGGCCUUUUACCCUGUUCACCCAGGGAGGAGAUAGCAGAUCCAGGCUGGAACAGAGACCCUGACUGCUGGAGUUCUCAUGAGCUGCACUGAGCAAUACUGGUUACAUUCUUGACAUUCUGUCCUGCUCCCCAACUCACUCAGAAGCACAUGUCAUUGGGUUUCUUAUCUUUCCAUUGUUCCUUUUUUUGAUUGAACAGGUGUUUCAUUGGGCAUUUAAGAUUAAUGAACACAUGGCAGUAGGCAGAUUACUAAACCUCUCCAUUUGGAACUUAAUGGGGUUGAGAUUCCUAGGGUCCCUUCCAGUUUAGAUGGUCCAUAGGCAAACAUGGGAAAGACAUGAAGGAUUUGGGAGGGGUACAGGAUGUGAUUCCAGGAACCCUGAGGCUUUAAGUGGUUUCUACAUAUUUUCCCCCAGCUAACAUGCCUUUUCCUACAAGAGUCACAUGUUUGAUCACUCACGGAAUAGUGAGAAAAGCAUCAUACUUGCCGAGGCUUGAAUUGUGGGCAGUUAUGUGAUUAUUUGGGAGCAAAAGUUCUUCUCUUUAGGAAGAUAGAAAGCAUUACAUAUGUUAUACAUAUCUGUCUAUACAGGAACCAGCUCCUGUCCAACUGAGCUGGCUUGAAGAUUUAAUGCGGUGCUUUUUCCUCCUUGAAAUACCUUGCUUCCAUAUCAGUACCUUUUCUGUGUUGAACUUUUGGGAAAAGCCUUUAAUUUUUAAUCUUGAUUUCAAUGAACAGACAUAAUAUCUGAGAAACCAUUUUGCACUUUUUAAGACUUGCAUUUGCAUCACUUAAUUGGAGUGAGGUGAGUAGGGCAGCUAUUAUUAUCCCAAUUACAAAACUGAGGCUUAGUGAGGGUCAGCCAUGUGCCUUAAACUAUAUACCAAGUGGAGGGUGGAGCCAGGCCGAGGACCCAGAUUUCCUGGAGACAAAAUCCAUGGUACACUCAUCUCUGGCAUGACAUAAUGUUUAUAGCCAUUUCCCAUCAAUAUGCCCCUGAUAUAGCAAAAGGAAUUUUUUUCAAUGUCAUACAUAACAUCACAAACCCUGCUAUUCGUAUAUAAUCAGGAGAACACCUGUGCAAAGGGGUGGACUUGUUAUGGGUUAGCUUUGGGAGAUAAUUUCAAAUGGCAAGGGUAGGAGAGAGAGUGAUUUUUUUUUUUUUUUUGUGCUUAGGUUUCUAAAGGACAUUGUUUUAACCUAUAUUGUGCCAAAGUUGUAUCACUGUUUAAUACCAAACUUCUGAAGACAUAAUCAGUCUAGUGUUAAUUCAAAGUAGGUUCUCAAUCCGAUUGUGUGCUUCUGUUGCUUCUGUGAUUGCUUUCUAGCCAAAGUGAAGCUUUUAUUACUGGCUGUACAUCCCGGUUACUUCUGACUACUGGCUUUGUAAUGGAAGCUUUGGGAAUGGAAUCCUCAGUGGGUCAUGUAUUUAUACAUUUGUCUUGAAGCCUUAUUUGUAUAUAAUGAUACCUUUUUUUUUU